CGGGCGCUCCGCACGGCCACGUGACCGCCGCCCCACUCCCUCCGCUCUCCGCCAUGGCUGCGGCGGCCGCCGCCGGCUCCCUGCUCCUCGGCUGCCUGCUGGGCCUGGCGCUGCCCGGCGGCCGCGCCCUGCACACCAAGGGCUCCGUGCCCCUCGACUCGCUCACCUUCUACAAGGUAAUUCCGAAGCAUAAGUUUGUCCUGGUGAAAUUCGAUACGCAAUAUCCUUACGGUGAGAAACAAGAUGAGUUCAAAAAGCUGGCAGAGAGCUCAGGCUCCAGUGAAGAUCUUCUGGUGGCUGAAGUGGGAAUAUCAGAUUACGGUGAUAAACUGAACACUGAGCUGGGUGAAAAGUACAAGAUGGAUAAGGAAAAGUUCCCUAUUUUUUACUUGUUCCAGGAUGGUGACUUUGACAAUCCUUUACCUUACACUGGCCAAAUUAAAGCCGGGGCUAUUCAGCGCUGGCUGAAGAGUAAUGGUAUCUAUCUGGGGAUGCCGGGCUGCCUAAAAGAGUAUGACGUGCUGGCCAGCAAGUUUGUGAGUACCACUGAAAAAUCAGAGCGGCAGUCCCUCCUGAAAAAGGGGCAACAAAGUUUAGAAAAAGCAAAAGAAACUGAGAAGAAGUCAGCUGAGCAAUACUUGAAAAUUAUGAGCAAGAUACUGGAGCAGGGAGAAGAGUUUGCUGCUAAUGAAGUCGUCCGAAUCACAAAACUGAUCGAGAAGAACAAAAUGAGUGAUGGAAAAAAGGAGGAGCUCCAGAAAAGCCUCAAUAUCCUUGCUUCUUUCCUGAAGAAGAAUAACGAAAAAGAUGAGCUCUAAUACGUUGGAUAACUUUGUACAAGCUGUGAAACACUGUCAAGAGUCCUAACCAGUUCUCCUUAUGCAAGAAAACUUCCCGCUGUCUUCAAGAGAGCAGCAGAUUUCCUUCUGAUAUUGUCAGUUACAAAAUCAAGACAUUCCUUAAAAAUACAGUAUUCUAAAUGUUGGAAAAAUCACCUUAAAGCAAGCUCCCAGUAUUGUGUAAUAUUAUUAAAUAACAGUGUUAAAGUAGACAAAAAAAAAAUAUUAGAUUGGCCUGAAGCACAUUCCUGGUGGUUUUUACAGAUGUUCCCUAGCAAACAAAUAACAAAAUUCAGUCUCACGUUCUAUCUUACCUGUUUUAAAAGGUACAGACUUGAUGCCCCUGUCCCCACCUUCCCCUGGUUUUAGUGCCCUGGGGUUUUAUUCCCUUUACCCCUCAUCCUACCUUUUGCCUUCCCAAUAGGGCUUCUUAUCCGAGUCUUGCUUUUCUUACCUGUUGUUGACCAAGAGACCCGGAGUUUCCUCUUUCUGCCUUCUCCUCCAGCGGCUCCUGUCUCUGUUUGCCUUCGGCAGCAGCCAGCUGCUGGCAGGCGCGGUGAAGCCGGGUCCUUUGUUACCAGAACUUGCCCUGCAUCUCCUGGCCAGAGCAGCCGUUUUCAGCAAGCGUCCUCCUGAACCCCAUUGCGAUGUCCUGGCUGAGCGAGCGAUGCGAGUGGGGCGCAAGGGCAGAUCGCCUCGAGGUGCUAUCACAAGUAGACUCGCCGGUGCAAAAACGUGCUUUUUUCAGAGGCUGAUGAGGUAAAUUUGGGUGAGCUUCCCCAUGAAAAGGACAUCCGGUGCCUGUGCUUUUUGCCCAUCCUUCCUGUCCAGUCUUCAUCUCCUCGAUUCGGAAGAGAGGGAGACAAAUACAGACACUGAAAAGUUCCAAGCGGUAGUCAAUGUGAACAAAAUAUCUUCUCUAGCCCAGUCCUCAGAAGCAAAUGGCACUCAAACUAAAGCUUCAACAGCAUUCGGCAGAGUUUUAAGUGUUUGAAAACGAGGUCUUGUGACAGGAAGCAAAAGUAUUAAUUCCGUAAAAGCUCCACCUGCUUUCAUGGAGGUACCUAGCCCAGGGGAUCAGGCAAGCAGGUGUUGCGGGUGCUGCCUGCGCCCUGGGGAGCUCAGACGGCUGCUGUGAGACGCUGCGCUGCUGAUCAGGGUCACAGGCUGAGAGGAACACCUGCUGCGCGUUCUGCCUCGAGGCUACGCUUCCAGCUGGGCAAAACUCAUUUCUGAGGGAGCUUUGCUGCCUUUUGAAUCUCGGGGUGGGUACAAGGAGCAGGCGUUGCCGCAAGAUGAGAUGUAUUGAAAAAUGCUGUAAUAAUAAUAAUAAUAAACCGGUUCCAAUUAAUA